GGGGUGGGGGCGCCCGACGGGAGGGUGACGUGCUGCGGCGUGCAGCCGUCCGGCGGCUGCGGGAGGGGCGCGCGCUGCUCUGCAGCGCGGCUGGAGUACAGCGCGCGUCUCCCGAGACGAUCGCGGGGACAAAGGACCGGCGGAAGCGCGGCGCGGGGCUGGGGGGCGCAGCGGGUGCUGCGGGAGGUCUGCUAGGCCGCGAGCCGUCAGUAAGGCUGUGUGCUCUAACGGGAAGGAAGCCUUUGAAUGGUAAACUCACUGACUGCGCUUUGCUGGAAGCAGACCGGGGAAAAGAUGGUAGUUGGAUCUCCAGUCCACAAGCAAUUUCUUCUGGGUGGGAUUUUGUAAUAGUUCAUGGUGGUAAUUGAGGGAAAGGGUGUCAUCUUGUAUAGCAAGGUCCGUAUCAGUGGCACUGACAUCCCUGGAGCUUCCUGAAGCUUCCUGAAGCUUCCCUUCACAGAAGGGGUGAGACGUGCACGCAGUGAGAUACAAGAUAGGGCCGCAGCCAUAGCUACCGGGCUUAGAAGUGGAGAAAAGUUCAGAAGGAUAUGAAAGAGAAAUCAAAGCUCCUGAAAGGAAGUCGUUAUUUCAGAAGUUCUGCAAACAAAUAAGAAAAAAAAUGUACUUUCAUAUUUUAAAAAUAUUAAAAUAACUCUUAUUUUUGUAGUAAGAUAAUUUGGGUAUACUUGUCGCCACAACAACUAUAGGCUUGAGAAAGCUCUGAUUUAAAAGUGUGUACCUUCGCAUCUUCACUAUAAAGCAGCAGAAAUAUCAUUAUCCCUGUUUUGGUAAGUGAUGAACUGCAGCAGAGGGGCACUGAGUGACAUCCCGAAGGUCAGAGUGGAACUUAGAGUGAACUCUUAAUAUCUUUGCGUGCCCCAAAAUCUGGUGCCAGGCUGAGCCUUUGCAGUCAGUCUGUGGACAAAUAUUAUUAUCAGUAGCAAAAGCUAGCGCGGACAGACUAGGAUUGUAUUAUUUUGUUAACUGCCACUGCUCUGGUUGAUCUGGAUUUCCAAACCAAUGUCCACAAUUGAUAUAUUUCUCUAAUUCAAACUAGAUCAAAAUUAGAGCUGAGUGUUCUAUGUAGGUACUCAAAGACACUCUAGUCUGACAUUUCCAUCCCACCUCCCUGUGAACUGAAUCCAGGAAGCUUAAUCAGGAAAUGCAUCUAAUAAUUUUGUUGUCUUUGUUGGCAAGUGGUCUUAUGGAACAGUGAGUUGAACCAGCUUCAGUGGAGGUGCAGUAACAGAUCCAUUACGAAGAAGGGGACAAAGCCAGGAGCAGUAGAUGGGAUAAGGAAGACCUGCUCCUUUAAGUGGUAACGUUUGUCUCAGUUCAGGUGGUGACAGAAUUGCAUCUUCAGUGUCUUACGCUUUAAUCUGUUUAGAAGCAUUGAACUCACUAGAGCCAUUAUUGGAGCGUUCUUAACCCAGUGCAUUCUUUCCUAUGCUCCUAUGUCUUUUGACUUAAUUUUUAAUAAUAAAAUCUUUUAAGAUGCACAGUUGUAGUUGAGCCUCAAAUUGCUAUAUAACGUCUCCCCCUUUCAGGCUUGAAAUAUCCCCUCAAGAGGCAUGUUUUAUAGGGUUGCAAAAGCUCUGUAAUGAUUAAAGCAAGAUCUGAGCCUAAUCUUAAACACAAAUAUGCAGAAUUAAUACAGCACUUCUGACAAUGAAGGUACUGCUAGCUGUAGUAUUGCCAUCCUUUUGAAAUAUAUAAGUGUAUCGCAUCUGUUGCAGCUGCUGUUUCAGCUUCUUAAGAAUCAGAAGGCUGUACAUAACUUGUUCUUUCUUAAGAUGAACUUCUGAUACGUAUGACUGCAGCAUAAUUAAGGUAGUUUCAGUCUGGCAGGGUGAAAACUGAUGAAGCUGCACUGGUGCAAGCCUUGACAUGAUCCAUGCAAGCCUGCAUAGUGCUGGAAAGCCUUUGUGGAAAUCUCUACUUUUGUGGCUCUAUGCUGUUAACAUUUAAAUUAAGUAGCUCAAGUUAUGCUCACACCCGUAACAUCCACGUUUCUGUUUCCCAGUAUUUUCUGAUCUCUGUUUAGAAAUAGGAAGUCUUUAAGACAAAAAAAAUCAAAUCUAUUCACAGAAAAUGAGCUAUGGAUAAGAAAGAUACUCUUUUUGUAAUAACCAUGAGUAUGACACCAUUCCCCAGAUCCUUUGAAGAACCCUACAGGAUUAAACCUGGGAGUUCCUGAGAAAUUGUAACUCUUGAAGAGCUGCCAACCUAGAUGUCUUAAAAAAAGGAAAACAGGACAAGUCACUAGUUGAAGACCUAGCUUAGAAUUUUGGGAACUUGAGUAUCAUUUGAUUCUGUAACAGGUACUUUUUGGUACAAAUUAGGAUGAAUAAUUUUAUCUUCCAUGCAACAGAUUUCAGCUCUUUAAAGAAAUCAGCAUGGUUAAGAAACAGCAGUACCACUAAUAAGGAUUUAUUUCCUUCAGAACCACUUACUAUAGCUCAGGGAGCCUUCUGGGUACAAACUCGCAUCCUUUUCCAUCAUGAACACCAGCACAGCUUUUCUAAUGUGACCCACAUUACUCUUAUGUAAUAUUAGUGUUGUGAAUUUCACUUACAUGAAAGCAUCUGCAGUGGUUAGGUGUUGCAUAACUGUAAGUUUAAGAUUCACAAGACAAGACAGUCACAAAAGAGUAAGGAUUAACCUGAAAAGUUUCUUUUUGCAGUUUUGAGAUAGCUAUGUGAGACACGAGAAUGAAGCAUAAAGCAGAACUUUGCUCAUGAACAGAAAAGAGUAUAUAAAAGGCUUGUACAUAGCUCUCUGGCUGUAAUGCAGUUUUAUUUGAAUGAAACUGAUUGCCUGUAGCUGAAAUAAACGAUUUCAUCCCUGAGUUUUAAACCUGAAAUUGGAUAGCAUAUGGUUCAGUUAUGGCUGUAGGUGCAGGAUCUAAUUAAUUACCUAAGUAACUUUACCCAACACGGAGGAGAUCAUUCCUAUUUCAUGUAUUGCUCCCAUUCUAUAGCAUGUUAAUCAGCACUGCUGCCUGUGUGGUUUACUAUUAAUUGCCUUGCGAGUGACCUUGUGUCAGGGCCCAGGCACUUCCUGGUUUUUAAUGCAUCCUGCUGAUUGUUGUUGAUUUGAGAAGAGCCACUGAUGGCUAGCUUAACUUCCAAGCAAGAAGCUUCCAAGGUGAGGCAUUUCAAGGCUUGCAGCGUUUUUGUCCCUCAUCCUAAGUCAGACUGUAAUUCAGACUGUAUAGCAAGGUGCUGCGUGGUUCAUUUCUCAUAGUAACAACUGCCUUCCACUCAAAUUACUCAGAACUUUGUGAUUUUAACUCAAAACAUGUUGCAAAUAGCCACAUAUUUAUCUUAGAAUUGAAAUUUUGAUUCCUACAGUUUCUUGAGUAUUUGUCUUAUAAAUGGACAGCACAAGCUUCUUCUCAAGAUUUAUUCAGUACAUUAAAGCGUCCCUGCAGUUUUCAUUUCAGCUUACAAAGAUGUUUUACAAAUUUUUGAUGCUGCUUAUUACAGAGAAGGUAGCAAAUCUUAGAAGAACAGAACUAUUUUUUUCAGAGUGCAGAUUAUUCUUCAGGCCAUGGAGCCUUUAAAAUUUCCAUGUGGUUUAGUAGCAUAUGAACUGUUGAAGAUUCAUAUGCUGUCUUGAUUCCUUCCUAGCAGUGAGCCUCUCCAGUUGUAGUGAAAUAAGUAGCAGUGACCCCAUGAAGUUACACGUACAAAUAGAUUUAAAUGGGACUUUGCACGGAUCCCAAGUGUUCCACUCCUCCAUAGCUUUGUGUAGCAUGAGCUCUGCCCUGGAACCUCAGACCCCCAGGACAUCCUGAAGCAUUCAGGUUGAGGACAUUCCUUGGAUUAUAAAGCACGUAGGGUGCAAUGGCAGAUCCCAUCCACUGGACCCGGUAUCGUUGGCAGCAACUGAUGUCUACAGAAGGCAGACAAGAAGGCAGCAGCUCAAGUAACAACUGCUGUCAAGCAAAAAAAGCUAUUGGCAAACAUAGGAUAGUGAUACCCUGCUUGGGACAUUUUAAGGAAGAGUAUGAAAAGGUAUCAAAACUGUAUAUGAACAACAAAAUACGGACUACUAAAUAUACUUUACUGAAUUUUAUACCACGCAAUUUAUUUGAACAAUUUCACAGGAAAGAGAAGAAAUACAUAGAUGAAUGCUGGAAAAAUGUCAAUGUUGGAGACUUCAUCCGGCUUUCGUGUAAUGAAAUUAUUCCUGCUGACAUGGUGCUGUUAUAUUCCAGUGACCUGGAUGGGAUCUGUUACAUUGAAACUGCAGGUCUUGAUGGAGAAACCAAUCUAAAACAGAGGCAGGUGGUGAGAGGAUAUUCAGAGCAGGUCUCUGAAAUUGAUCCAGAAAAAUUUUCUGGUAGAAUAGAAUGUGAAAGUCCUAAUGAUGACCUCAAUCACUUUCGAGGCUUUGUUGAGAAUUCAAGCAAGGAUCGAGUGGGCCUCAGCAAGGAGAACUUAUUGCUGCGAGGAUGCACAGUAAGAAAUACAGAAGUUGUUGUAGGCAUUGUGGUAUAUGCAGGUCAUGAAACCAAAGCCAUGCUGAAUAACAGUGGACCUCAUUACAAGCGCAGUAAAUUGGAAAGAAAAGUGAAUUCUGAUAUUCUGUGGUGUGUUCUGCUUCUAAUUUUAAUGUGUUUAACAGGUGCAAUUGGCCAUGGAAUUUGGUUAAGUAGGUAUUCAGAAAUACCUUUUUUUAACAUCCCUGAACCAGAUGGCAAAUCGAUUUCUUCUGCGUUAGCAGGGUUCAAUAUGUUCUGGACAAUGAUCAUUUUAUUACAGGUCUUGAUUCCUAUUUCUCUGUAUGUUUCAAUUGAAAUUGUCAAACUGGGACAAAUUUAUUUAAUACAGAAUGACAUUGAUUUUUACCAUGAGAAAACAGACUCUACAAUUCAGUGUCGAGCACUGAAUAUUGCUGAAGACCUUGGCCAGAUUCAGUAUAUCUUCUCAGACAAGACUGGAACACUCACUGAAAAUAAGAUGGUUUUUCGGAGGUGCAGCAUUGCAGGACAGGAAUAUUGCCAUGAAGAAAAUGCAAAGAGGUUGGAAUCCUAUCAAGAGAAGGAUUUGAAAGAUGAGGAUUCAGCUGAAGGUCCUUGUGCCUCUUUGGGCCACACAUUAAAAUGGAGGGGACACGACUGUGGAGCCGAGAAUGAAUCUUUGAACAGAAAGUCUUCAAAUCUGUUAUCUGGUAUUUACCCUGAAUUAGGAAGGGAGCGUUCAUCAAGUGAUGCUCCCUGCUCAGGACAUGUUGCUUUCAGCAGCUGCAUUGAAACAGAUGUUGUACCAGAUACACAACUGCUGGAGAAAUUUAGACGUGUUUCUUCUCUUUCCUAUCAAGAAUCAGAAGACGGUAUCAGCAAGUUAGGUUUGGAGACAAUGUACAUCACUGACUUCUUUCUUGCUCUGGCAAUCUGUAAUACUGUUGUUGUUUCAAUCCCCAAUCAGCCACGUCAGAAGAUGAGACGCUCUUCACUGGGAAGAAUGCCUAUUAAAUCCCUUGAGGAAAUCAGGCAGAUGUUCCAGAGGUUGUCAGUCCGUAGACUAAGUUCCUCCCCACUUCCAAGUAUAAAAGAGUCAUCAUCUGAAAACCCAAACAGUUUUGUGAGCAAACUGUCUAUUUUCAGAAUGAAACCGGCUUCACCUGCUUUGGAUGGGGCUGCUCAAAAUGCUGCUGAGCCUCACAAUCUGAACAGCCCAGAAAAUCCCCAGUUACCCAAAGAAUGUUAUACAGUGAAUGUAGCUGCUGGCUGUGAAACCCACGGUGCUGAGUCAUCUGCAGAAUGGUCUCCCUUACCUAAGCUUUGUUAUGAAGCUGAAAGUCCAGACGAAGCUGCCUUGGUCCAUGCUGCUAAGGCUUACAAAUGUAUUUUACAGUCUAGGACUCCUGAUCAAGUAACUGUGGAUUUUGCAGAUCUGGGAUCUUUAACAUUUCAGCUUUUGCAUAUCCUGCCUUUUGACUCAGUGCGAAAAAGGAUGUCAGUAGUGGUUCGGCAUCCAGUCUCCAACCGAGUGGUGGUGUACACAAAAGGUGCAGACUCAGUCAUGAUGGAUUUGUUGGGAACUGCAUCUGAAGAUACCAAGAAUUCAGAAAUGGAAAAGAAGAACAUUAAAGAAAGAACCCAGAAUCAUUUGGAUGACUAUGCCAGAAAGGGACUGCGCACUCUUUGUAUUGCUAAAAAGGUGAUGAGUGAUGAAGAAUAUACAGAGUGGUUAAAUAAUCAUUUUUUAGCAGAAACCAGCAUUGACAAUAGGGAGGAGCUGCUGCUGGAAUCUGCCAUCCGGCUUGAAACCAAACUAACUUUGCUUGGUGCCACUGGCAUUGAAGAUCGCCUGCAGGAUGGUGUUCCAGACACAAUACAGGCAUUACGGAAAGCAGGAAUAAAAAUAUGGAUGCUGACAGGUGACAAGAGAGAGACAGCUGUCAACAUCGCCUAUGCUUGUAAAUUGCUGGAGCCAGAUGACAGAAUCUUCACGCUCAAAUCGCAAAGUAGAGAUGCUUGUGCUUUGGUGAUGAACAGUAUUUUAGAACACAUGCAAAAAAACACUGCUGAGCAAAAAAAAGUAAAUCAGAAACUUGGGAAUGUCUCUGCAAGUCCUUCUACCCAAGCUCAAGGCUUCAGCGCAGGCCUGGUUAUUGAUGGAAGGACUUUAGAGCAUGUCCUUCAGGACAGCCUGCAGAAUGUUUUCUUGGAGCUCACAGAAAAAUGUCGAGCUGUAGUCUGCUGCCAAGCCACACCACUGCAGAAGAGUGUGCUGGUCAGACUGGUGCGAAAUAAGCUGAAGGCAAUGACGUUAGCUGUAGGUGAUGGUGCCAAUGAUGUCAGUAUGAUCCAGGUAGCUGACACUGGUGUGGGAAUCUUGGGCCAAGAAGGCAUGCAGGCUGUGAUGGCAAGUGACUUUGCAAUUUCUCAGUUCAGGCAUCUCAGGAAGCUGCUGCUUGUCCAUGGUCACUGGUGUUACACCAGGCUUACCAACAUGAUACUCUACUUCUUCUACAAAAAUGUGGCCUACGUGAACCUCUUAUUCUGGUACCAGUUCUUCUGUGGGUUUUCAGGCACAUCAAUGACUGACUAUUGGAUCUUGAUUUUUUUCAAUCUCCUUUUUACAUCGGUGCCACCCAUCAUUUACGGUGUCUUGGACAAAGAUGUGUCUGCAGAGAUACUCAUGCAGAUCCCACAGCUGUACAAGAUGAGCCAGAAAUCUGUGGCCUACUUGCCUUCAACCUUUUGGAUAACCUUGCUGGAUGCUUUUUACCAAAGUCUUGCUUGCUUUUUUGUGCCUUACUUCACUUACUAUGGCUCAGACAUAGACAUUUUUUCUUUUGGAAACCCUAUAAACACAGCAGCACUUUUUAUAAUAUUGUUUCACCUUCUCAUUGAGUGCAAAUCCGUGACUUGGAUUCAUACGAUAGUUAUAGUUGGCAGCAUCCUAUUUUACUUCAUUUUUGCUCUGGCUUUUGGGGCAACCUACAGAACCCAUAAUCCACUAUCAAAUCCUUAUCGGAUCAUGGAAAAGCAUAUGGCAGAUCCAGUUUUUUACCUAGUGUGCCUCCUGACUACUUGUGUUGCUCUGCUACCCAGAUACUUCCUGAGAGCUCUCCAAGGAACAUUGUUUCCAUCUCCAGUGUUGAAAGCCAAGCACUUGGACAAACUGAUCCCUGAGGAGAAGAGGGAAGCAAUUAAGAAAUGGAAGGAUGAAUGCAUUGUAAGCUGUAGAAUGGAGUUGCAGGUUACUUCUGGGUCUACUGGCUCAGCCACGGGUACUGUAUUAAAGGAAGAAAGCAUUGCCAGUGUUGUACCGCUUUCUAGAAUACCUUUUCAUGCCUGUUCAAGAGAUGAGUUAGUGGAGGAAGAGCCUGGGAAUAGAAGUAACUUGAACUCUGAAAAGACUGCAUUUCUGAAUUCAAAGAGAACUGAUUCAGAUGUCUGAUGUGCCAAAGUCUUUGCACGUACUGAUGAAGAGUGCAGCAGUGCCAUUUCUCUAGAAUGCAAAGCAGGUUUGAACUCUUUGUUAUGUGCACAAAAUGGUUUAAUGUUAUUUACAAAGUUGGAAUGUGAACCAUUGAAAAUCCAAGAAUAACUGCCGGUGUAUGCUACAAUAUGAUUUUUUUUUUUUUUUCAGCCAAGGUAGAUGAUGCACUCAUUUACCUAAAAGCUUUUGAGUUUGUAAAGCUUUUCAGUGAUUUAUUGAAGUGUUAAAGGUCUGAAUGGCUAGAGGUUUUAUUUUCUCAUGCAGUAUACUUUGCAUACUGCUUCUCUCUUUCAUGCAACACUGCAUAAUGCCUCCUACAGACAGGACAUGGUAUGAAUUAUAGACCUACAGAUUCAAUUUAGAUAAAAUCCACUCUAUCACAAGCCAUGCUACUCCCUUGCAUUCCUGUCCUAUUAUCACAGCAUUGCCUGGAAUUCAUAGCUUACUGAGAUAGGAAGCAAGCAGAAAGGCUCAGAUGUAGUGGUUUUAGAUUGUUUAUUACAAAACUUCUCUAAUGUUUUUAAUACAGUAAUUAUCUUAACCACUGUGGUCCAGCUUCUCCAUGACCAUCUCAGCAUGAUCCAAACACUAUUUAAGCCAUGAGGAAAGUGCCCUGGAUGAGACAUAAAAAUCCCAUAUCUCCUUCACAUUCCCACAGAAAAAUCUUUGUGCAGCUUCUUGUUCUCCAGGGUACUUCAUCCUCCUGCUACAUCCCCUCUCUUUGUCUCCUUUUUUCCUUUCAUCUCAUUCACCGACUGAUCUUUUUCUCUUCACCCAACUUGGAUACUGGCUGCCUGACUUUUCUCUAGACUUUUAAACUCAUGCCUGCCCUGGAAAAUCAUCUGCAAGUGGUGAUGGGAAGUUCCUGAGUGUCUUCAGAUACAGCAGCUUGUAACUAAUGGCAUUUCUCUUUUUCACUCUCAGUUGUUUUCACACUCCUCCAGACUUUUAUAUUAAACAGCAUGAGCAUUGCUAAAUGCUGCUCAAAAGACUGUGUAGCCAUUUGUAUGCCUCAAAUUUGAGCUCUGUUGUGUGAAUGUCUUGGAGAUGUUCCACCUCUGCCAGUUCCCCACUGCUCUCCACACCAUGUAAGCUGAGAUGAGUGUGACUCUUUCUAAAUAUUGUUUCCUUUUUACUUUCCUGCCCAAAAAGUUAUAUGGCCAAUUUAUGGAGGAAUCUGUGAAAUUGUUUGUGUCUGCUAGCACUUAUUGAAAUAAACUAUUUCCUUAAACCAUAGCAGAUAAUUAUUAUUAUUGAGCCAAUUUUUGCUCUGUUUCUUUCUCAAAUUUUCUGAUUCCAAAUUGCCGAGAUCUGAUGUGUUUAUUUUCAGUUACCAUAUUUGGGGCAAUGGCUCUGCUUUCUAAUUGAACCAUGAGCGUUCCAUGCCAAUGAUCAACAUCACAUAUUCCACAUCUCCUAUGAUCUCUGAAAGAAUUUAAACAAACGCUGUGAGGUCUGAGACAGCUGCUGCUAUUUUGGGCAGGUACCAAGAGCACACUAGGUUCAUUCAGAUGCAGGUCACCACAUGUUGCCAGAAAUUUCAAAUGGCACAAUGUAAUUAGUGCUGAUUCCAUCCUCAUAGCUAGCAAGAACAAAAAUAUCCUUUUGUUUAGCCUAUAGAAGAAAAAGAGUGGAAAGAGCCAGUGACAACAGGCACUUUUUUUUUUUUAAAUUUGGUUCAACAUCUGACAAAACAAUUUUGAUAAGUUCUAACACACGUAGUGCCCACCUUCAAAAUGAGAGUAAACAUUCAAGUUCUUGGAGAUUGCAUCCAGCCUAAGUAGAUUCAUAAUUAUUAUUUUUAUGUGGCUUUGGUAUACUUGCUUGUGUACUCCUAUAUUUUACGUAAUGUAACAUGAUGGAAAGCACAGUGACUGCAGAGCAGCAAGAUCCCAGGCUGCAGUGAGUGAGAAUUUGCUCAAACACACCAGCAGCAGACAGAGAAAUAGCUACUCAUCUUUAAAAGGCCUCAGACAUACAAGGUUCUCCAGCAGGAUGCCCUUAGCUUCAUUGCCAACCCUUAAAUGAGGUCUGGAUCUUGACCCCACCCUAUCUGGUCACUCAGGUGCAUUGCAUGCACCUGAGCUCCCCUGGGUUGGCCCUGCCUUCCUACCAGUGCUCAGUCACUUGUUCAAGCUGUAACUUGCAUUUCUAUUAUAAUCUAAUUAUUUUAUAUUUUGUAAUAGUCUUACAUUUUUUGCAGUUGAAAAAUUCAUUCCCAGAACCAGGUUCAGGAGUGUUUAAGGGGACUAGAAAGAGAUGUAACUGCUGGGAUUAACUUGCUAGGAGAGGACUCCAGGUGUCCUGACUGCAAACGUCAGCUUUCUCUGCACAUGAAUAUUAAGAUGUUAUAAUUACAAAAUAAACAAGAGAGUUUGGUAAAGCAGAUUAUGAUAACAAAAAGAGAAUAGAUAGAAAGCUUACCUCUAUCCGAGAAUAGAUAGAAAGCUUACCUCUAUCCUGGGCACACUUACAAAACUCCAGCAGAGCAGAUCUCCAGAAGAGAUCCUUCCCUACUAGUAGUCAGCUCUUAAAUAGGUCUAAAUUGCCUUCACCUGUGCUCCUCUGCCUGACUCAUUGCUCGCCUCAGGUGAUCAAUCAGAGGUUCAGGCCGUGACUCAGCAGUUCCCAUACAUGGACAAACAGCCCAAAAAGUUGAAUGACCGUCUACCACGAUCACUCUCUUUUUCUUACUAAACUGGGAGAUGUAGACACUGAGUCUUUAAUAAAAGCCUCAAAUUGUUAAUUGGCUAUAUCUAAAGUGGUACCAAAUGAGGGGUGCAUGUUAAUCAUCCUCCAUUCUCAGUAGUUGAAAGUUUUUUAUUAUUAUUUUUUAGCACUGGAGACAUCACAGUCCCUUGUUUGCUUUUGCACAGCAUGACCUGACUUUGCCAUUUGGAAGGUGGGCUUUUUAAGAUCAUCUCACAGGUGUUUUGCAGAUGUCAGAAAAGACAGCACAGUGUUUAAUGUUUUGGUUAUUGGUUUUUAAAAAAAAAAAAAAGCAAACACCAAUUUUCAGCCUCUGCCCCAACUUUGGCCCCAACUUUGUGACUGCGCUUAGAUCAGCUUUAACUCACAGGUUGCUGUGCAACAUUUGAUCUGCCAGAAAAUUCCCUUUUUUUUUUUUUUUUUUCUUUUUUUCUCCACUUUUCUUCAGCAACAGUGAGUGCACUGAGCAUUUGCAGGUGGCAAAAGCCACAGCCUUCAUAUAGUGGAUGACUUCACAGCCCAGCUCUGUCCUGCUUACGGGGCACACUGAGCUGGAUUCUCUACGCCAUGUUCUGAUUGUCCCACAGUGCCACUGGCUGCAGCAUGAGAGCAUGAAGCACCACUGCUCCCCAGGCUGCUGCUUCUCCAGGUAGUCCUCAGUCCCUGCAGGAGGCAGCAAUCACAUCCCAAAGAUGUAUGCGCUAAGAAUUUUUAACACUUGAAUCUCUGUGUGGUUUUUGUGUUACUAGUUUGUGUUUUACUCUGGUUUAUUUACUCCUGUCUUCAUGGUCCCAGGUGCCUUACUGCUGACUGCAAUUAAAAGCCAAAUUUUAACUGUUUCAUGUUUCUGCAUGCUUGCAUUUUUUAUUUCAAAAUCUUCAUGCAUUGAAAUUCAGCAUCCUGAUUGUAAGGAGCUGUGUCCUUAGCUGGCCUGAUGAAAUCCAUAUAACCAAACAUGUUAAUUUUUCAACUAUUUAAAUCCCAAAUUGUUGAUAGUGCUGUCCUUGGUAUUUUUCUGUACUGGAUGCAUAUGUGCAGAAGAAACCAGAAGUUCACACAGAAUCACAGAAUUGUAGGGGUUGGAAGGGACCUCCAGAGAUCAUCGAGUCCAACCCCCCUGCCAAAGCAGGUUCCCUACACGAGUUGUAGAGGAGGUUUAGUGCCAAACCCUCCACCAAUUUGUGAUGCAAGCAGAGCUGUCAGCAGUGCAUGACAAACCAGAUAAGAGCAGUUCAAUACCAUUUCAAACCUGUUUUUAGGAAUUAGUGCUGAAGUCAUCAUUUUGUCACUACUCUCUUCACACUGUAACUGAGUCUCUGGGAAGAUUGAAACACCUGAAGCAGAGACAUUACUAGGAAAAUUAUUGUAAAUUUUUAUUAGUACAGUGAAGAAAGAAGCACAUCGGCUGUCUGUAUGACAUUGCUUCCAUUUGGCUGCACAGUCAUGGUAGAAGUGAAACCAACAGUGUCACCUCACAGUGAGGCUAUGCUUGUAAGGAACAUAGCGUGGUUGUGGCCAUCGCCGUUACAGCAGCACAUAUGAAAUAGUUUCAAGGUAGUAGGAGGAGGAAUAUACUUGCCUAUUUGAUGUGCACACAUAGAAAAAAGCAGUAUAAAAAUACAUUUAUAAAAUUACAAAUUUCCUCUUUACAUGGAAUGCGGUGGCAGACAGCUGUGGGGGAAAGCCGCAGCCCUGUGGGCUGGAGUUUGGUUUAUUAUAUCUUCCACAUAACCCCAAACUGGAGAGGCUGGGCCCUUUGUUUAAGCAAUACUCUCUUUUGGUUCCUGAGAGGGACUGCAAAUAGAAUGUCGCAGAGCCAAACCUAAUUAAUUGAAGUAUGUGAUUAUUUCACAUACUGUCAUUUGGUAGUGCUAAUAUUUGUGCAAAAUGACUGAAUGUACUUCAGUCCUUUGUUUAAUUCAGAGGUGUGAACCGCUUCUUCUAGUCAGGGAAGCUGCUAGAUUCACAACAGCUCCUACUUGUUCUUACCUCCAGAAGGCCAAGCCUGCAGAACUGCUGCCUGUGCUGUGCUGCAGAGAGACCGGCCCCAGAGAGAGCUGCAGCAGGGAGAGCUGCGGCUCACAUAGCCUUGAAGCAAGGGCACCACUAACAUGCUCCACCUGCAGCCUGCCUGCACUGGAAAAACAUGGUCUCUGUAACUUUCUAUCCUGGGGAAAGAGCAUUUUUUGUUACAGAAAAAGCAAAAUUCUUAAUAUGCUUUAAAAAAAAAAAAAAAAAAAAAGGAAAAA